AUGAGUGCGCGCGCAUCAAGACGCCCUGCGGCCUCUCUCAAUUCUAUCGAAUCCCUUCUGCUUGCUCAGUCUGUAUGGGACCUUGGCGCAAGCCAAGCUACAUGGGCCCCAAUCUCCAAGAUCCUCUCCAAGCAUCCUUUGUUGUCGCGUCCCAAGUCGUUCUUCACCCCGCAAUCUUGUCACUCAAUAAAUGAAACCACUGUUAUUCCUCAUGCUUCAGUGAAUCUGGAUCUCGCUCGAAAACAUUAUCAUGCCCGCUUUCUCGAACUUCAAGGGCUCAUACUAAAUGAAGAAACAAAAUUCAAGGCAGUUUUGAAAGAAAUUGAAGAGAUUCGCGCCGGGAUUGCAGAAAAGCAAGAUUCUGAUGCCGCACCUACAGAAUCAUCUCCACAGUCUCGAUCUCAGCCUUCCCAAUCGGAAACCAAGGUUGUAGACGAACUCUUCAGUGGCUCUGACUUAAGCGGAGUAACAGAGUCUGCUGAGUCUAAUCCUUCUCAAUCUCAGCCAGAGAACAGCGCCGACGACUUGCCUGUUCGUACAGAUAAGGGGGCUCAAAAUACCCAAACGAAGGAUGCUGCCACGCCGUUUGUGGAAAUGUCGCAAAUUACUGAAGAAACAGCUUUAGGUGGCGGGCUUUCACCUCAUACCCCCCAGAAUCCCGCUCAGGACGUUGGGGAAGAAUCGCAAACGAAUUUUGCUACCCCUCAACCACAUCAUGACCCACAAGAACAUUUAGAGGCUGUGGAAUCGUUGCCAAUGAGCAAGCACAUGUCAGCCCCAAACAAUGCCGAAGAACCUUUGCCCUUCAAUUUGGACGAUGAAAUUAAAAAUCAGGGUCGUGUGUCGCUAGAUGCUUCCAAUCACAAGCAGAUUUCAAAUAACAAACAAGAGGAAGAGGAAGAAGAAGCGAUCAGGGAAGGCAAAAACGAAGAAGAAGAAGAAGAAGAGGUGGAGGAGGUGGAAGAGAUCGAGAAAACCUCACAAGGUCAAACAGAAAGCGAUGUCCUUGAGAAGGCAAAAGAGGAACAGAUUAAUGUUCUGUCAGCAUGUGAGGAUGAAGAAAUGAAAGAAUUGUCAGGAGAUGACAUCAAAGCAGACACCGAACAAAAUACAGAGGAGGAACUACCCUCUCCUUCCCCCCACUUAGUCCACAAUAAAAAUUUUCAGAAUUCUUUGGACCCCAAAGCAGCACGUUCACCUGUCGCGGAGACGGUCGGUUCAGAUGCGGAGCCGACUCCUGACGAGGGGCUAUCUUCCGAAAUGGAGGAACCAGUGGCUCCUGCCAGGCGCUCGUCCCGCAGACGCAAAUCAUCCGCUGCGUCUGUUCCUCCUCCGCAAUCGAGGUCACGCUUAAGACCUAAAGGUCGUCCAAGCGAGACUUUAUUGCAAACAACAAUGGCUAUCGAUUCGGACAAUGAUGGCGACCUAGAAGGUCACGACGGUACACCUCAUACUGGAGAGGAGCGCGCGUCAUCUCCUUACGACAGCGCACUUACAAGACGUAAUAAACGGAAAGCGUCAUUUCUGGAAAGUGCUGGGUCCCCUCACGAUAAAAAAAGGCUGCGAGAAGACUCCGAGCCAGUAGACGAGGAAGAACCAGGGCCCAGUUCUCAUAAUUUGCGUGCGCGUAUUUCUCGACACGGGACUCGGACCGAAGAACAAGUAGCUAUGAAACGCUUCCAAAGCGUCAUCGGCAUGCUUCAUUCCCAAAUAUCUCAGCAUAGGAACGGUAAUAUUUUUCAUAACCCUAUCAAGAACUCAGAAGCACCCGAUUACCAUGACAUAGUUAAGCGCCCGAUGGAUUUGAAGACAAUAAAGACGAGAGUGAAAGACGGCGUCAUUGCAAACUCGCUUGAGUUUCAAAGAGAUAUAUAUUUGAUGUUUGCUAAUGCCAUGAUGUAUAAUCGACCAGGGUCAGAUGUACAUGCAAUGGCGGAAGAUAUGAUGCUCGAAAGCGAGGGUCAGAUAAAUGCUUUCAGGCAAACAGAAGGUUUGGUCAAACGAGGCCAACGUCCGUAA